AUGGCUGCGUCAAAGAAAAAUAAAGGGACCAAAUGUACUUCUGUGAAGGGAAAACCUAAAUCUGGCAGAAUUUGGAAAAGGGAAGGUAAAAGAAAAUCAGAUAUAAUUAAUGUCAAAUCUUUACACAAAAGUUGGACGACGAGGAAGAAGGAAAGAUUAGAAAAAGACUCAAUAAGAGCACACGAAAACGCUUUGAAAACUGCAAUUCUUUUAGAAAAACAAAAGAAGCGGGAACGUACACUUGAAAACCAAAAGAGAAGAGAAGAGAAUAUUAAAAAAUCUGAAAUUGUCCAGAAAAUUACCGAUUCGAGUAAAAUAAAGAGGAUGAAGAAAAAGGAGUUACGUAAGAUUGAAACUCGGUAG